CCAAACAUGCUAUUAUUCUUCUUCCUUAUCCUAACUACCGGAUAACGAAUUAAUUGUAGAGCAGCAGGAUCCACACAGCCUAUAAGGGGUCGUUUGGUACAUGGGAUAAUGAUAAUAAUCUCGGGAUAAAGUUUGAGAUUAACUUUAUUCCAUGUUUGAUUGGUGCUAUUAGCUAAUCUCGGAAUAACUUUUACACUUAGGGCUCGUUUGGUACGAGGGAUAAGAGAUAAUUAAUUUAGGGAUUAAAUCUGAGAUGAGUUUAUCCCAUAUUUUGUUGGGAUAAAAUCGCGGUAUAACUAAUCCCGGGAGUGUAGUGUUAUUUUUAUCGGAGGGUGGGAUAACAAUUUCAAUUCUGACAGCUGGCACUUAUUAUGAUAGAAAAAAAUACUCUAUAAUAUUUCAAUAGUACUGAAAGACUUUGAACUUACUGCUAAAACAGGAAAUGUUUUCUUGCAUUCAAUUCUUACCGGCUUCUAUCAGCAGAAAAAGAAAAGUCUUACCAGCUUUCUACAUCAUACUCUGCAUUUAUAUUAAAGCUUCAUCAUGUGAUAUUCCACACUUUACGUUUCCAGAUUUUCUCUCAAGAAAUGCAAUGCCAAGAUUUCUAGUAUGAGAGAUGAGUACGGGUUACAGUGUGGCGGUUUCAAAUAGAUGUCUGCUAAUACUUCUUGCAGCUCUGCUACUCGCACUGUUAAUUGCGCUUGUGCUAAGGGCAAUUAUACGUUGUGUCGUACGACACAACGGGAGAUUUCCCUUUGAAUCUGCAGAAGCUGUAAUUGCACGUUUGUCGUUGAAUGGAUUGGAUAAAAGCGAGUUAAAAAAAAUACCAGUGAUAGUUUACGAGCAAGAAUUGAAGAUGAUUUCUGUCAUUGAUGAUUGUCCAAUAUGCCUCGGAGAAUUUCAACAAGGAGAAAAAUUGAGGAUUUUGCCAAGAUGUAAUCAUGGUUUUCAUGUUAAAUGUAUAGACAAAUGGUUUUUAUCGCAUUCAUCAUGUCCAACUUGCAGGCAAAUAUUAUUUCUAGCUUAAAUAAGUACAAAAGAAAUUUUUACAUUGCCACUGAAAUGUUCCUGUUGUACGUAGUAAGAGAUUACCUGCUUUAUUAUUCAGGUAUUAUUUUUUUCAAGUCUUGGACAGUGAUUUGUAAUUAUCUUUUAGGUGAUAUAAUAUUGUUGUAAAAAUAUAUAUAGUACUAUUUUAAGUU